UUGAAAUUUAUGGAAGGCAAUAAAGUAUAAUAAUUUCGACCUCAAAUGCUCAAUCAUUUAGCUCCUUAGCUUCCUUUCUCCAUUUUUCAUUUUCUUCGUAGAUAUAUAUAUUUAGUUUAUAAACAACAUUUAGCUUAUAAACAACAUUUAGCUUACCUGCAAAACGAAAGCAGAAACAAAAACCAUGGAGAAGAAAGAGCAAGAUGUCAAUACUAAUAAUGAACCUGAAAUUCGCUACAGGGGUCUCAAAGCCAUGCCUUUGAUUAUAGGAAAUGAGGCCUUUGAGAAGCUAGGGACAAUUGGGACCUCAAACAACUUGUUGAUUUAUCUAACUACAGUUUUCAACAUGAAGAGCGUAACUGCCAACACUCUUAUCAACGUCUUCAAUGGCACCGCCAACUUUGCUACUCUCCCUGGAGCCUUUCUUUGUGACACGUACUUUGGUCGUUACAAGACCUUAGGAUUUGCUUCCGUGGCCUCUCUUUUGGGAAUGAUGGUUCUAACACUAACAGCAGGAGUGACAAACCUACACCCUCCGUCCUGCGAAAACUCGAAUAGCGGGGCAUGUCAGGGUCCAACACCAUGGCAAUUGGCAUUCCUAUUUAUUGGUUUCGGAUUUCUUGUGAUAGGAGGUGGUGGGAUUAGGCCAUGUAAUCUGGCCUUUGGGGCUGACCAAUUCAAUCCCAAUACCGAAUCCGGGAAGAGGGCGAUCAACAGCUUCUUCAAUUGGUACUACUUCACCUUGAUAUUUGCCGUGAUGAUAUCCAUUACAGUAAUUGUCUAUAUCCAGUCCAAUAUUAGCUGGACUUGGGGGCUGGCAAUUCCCAUGUUCCUCAUGUUCUUAUCCUGCGUCUUCUUCUUCGCGGGCACCAAAAUUUAUGUCAAAGUUAAGGCUAGUGGUAGUCCCUUGACGAGUGCAGUUAGAGUCAUUGUGGCUGCUUUCAAGAAGAGGCAUUUGAAGCACCCAGAGCAGCCUUGGCUGUCCCUCUUCAACCAUAUUCCCCCAAACUCUACCAACUCCAACCUUUCUUACACCGCUCAGUUCAGAUUCGUAGACAAAGCUGCAAUAACUGAGGCUGAUGACAAAAUCAAUCCGGAUGGAUCAACAGCCAACCCUUGGAGACUCUGCAGCAUGCAGCAAGUGGAGGAAGUGAAAUGCUUAAUGAGAGUGAUUUCCAUUUGGGCCUCCUUCGUUUUGUUCUAUGUUUCAAUUACACAACUGCAUAAUUAUGUGGUCUUCCAAGUCCUUCAAGCUGAUAGGCAUCUUGGCAACAGUGGCUUCAAAAUUCCUGCCGCCUCUUAUUCUGUCUUUACUAUGAUCACUGUCACAAUUUGGAUACCUAUCUACGACAGGAUCCUCGUCCCGAGGCUCCGAAAGUACACCGGGAUAGACAGCGGCAUAACGAUUCUACAAAGGAUAGGUGUGGGAUUGGUACUUUCCAUAGUGGCCAUGAUCUUAUCUGGCCUAAUUGAGGACAAGAGAAGAAGCUUGGCACUCUCAAAGCCAAUAGGAAAGGAACCAAGAAGAGGGGCGAUUUCUCCGCUUUCGGGAUAUUGGUUUGUGCCUCAGUUGGCAAUUAUGGGACUCUCCGAAGGAUUUGCCGUCAUUGGCUAUAUUGAGUUUUACUACAAGCAGUUCCCAGAGAACAUGAGAAGCAUUGGUGGCUCUUUCUUGUUUCUUGGCAUGGCUAUGUCAAGUUACUUGAGUGGCCUUUUGGUGUCAAUAAUUCACAGCACAACUUCUGGCUCUUCAAUGGGAGAUUGGUUCCCUGAUGAUCUGAACAAAGGGAAAUUGGACUAUUUUUAUUACCUGAUUGCCGCCUUGGGAGUCGUGAAUUUCGCCUACUUUUUGGUGUGUGCCAAGUGGUACAAGUAUAAAGAAAGCUCCGUCACUCCUCACGCCUUUGAAGUUGACAUGACAAAUACGAAACCUGAAAAGCCUGUUGCAUAAUAAAACCAUAGAAUAGUCUUACUUCCACAUAUGUUUGAAUUUGAAGAAAGAGAGAGAUCUUUGAAGGUCCUACUCUCAUUGUGUAUAUCUGUCUUAAUAGCAAAGGUGAUGGAGAUGAGAAUACUAUUUAUUAUUAAUAUAUGUAGUUUUGAUUUUAAUCAACAGUUUGUGUUAUUUUUGGGAUUAAGAUAUUAGUUAAUAGUACUAACAGUCAAAAUUAUAUGAGUAUCA